AGAGCCGGUCAUUCGCGGCGCGCGCACAGGACGAGGAGGAGGAGAGCAGUGCCUGAAUGCGGAUUUAAUCGGAAUAUUUCUCGUCCUUCGGUUUAUUUGAGACCGGAUUUUAUUGUGGAUAGCUUUGGACAAAGGAAAUUGCAGCGUGUCACAUUUACAGACGGUAAAUACAUUGGUGAAGGCUGAGGACGUAUUUUAAAGAGGGCCAUGAGGAGGCAGGCGUGACCGGCGUGUCCCAGAGCGCAGCGUGAGGAGGAGGAUGCUGGAGGAGGAGGACAUGGAGGCGACAGGAGGAGUGAGCCUCCACGCUGAAGUGGAGCGGCUCUCUGCCGAGCUCCAGGAGGCCAACGAGGAGAAGCUUCAGGCGGCACGGUACGGCCUGGCCGUGUUAGAGGAGAGCGCCGCUCUCAAGACCAAACACACCCAGCUGGAGGAGGAGCACGAGGCACUCAAACUGGAGGUGCAGCAGCUCCGUGAGGCGCUGGCCGACACUGUGAGCAGCCACAAGCGUGCAACAGCAGAUGGGCAGUGUCGAGAGGAGUGUCUGCUACAGGAGACGGCUAGUAAGGAGGCUGCCAUGGCAACGCGGAUGGAAGAGCUGCAGGCAGAGCUAAAGCAGUCUCGGCUGGCUCUGGCCAACAGCAUGGCUGAGAACGAGAGGUUAAGCGGUCUCUCCACUCAGCUCAAGAAGGAGUGUGAUGGUUUAGAGGAUGAGAAGGCCCGUGUCAGAGAAGAGAUGAAGGAAUUUAAGGUUCGCGAACUGCAGCAGCUUCAGGACAACACAGAACUGGAGGAAGAGAACAUCUCCCUGCAGAAACAAGUCUCUGUACUCAAAGAGAACCAGGUGGAGUUUGAGGCACUGAAGGUGGAGCUCUCACAGAAGGAUGAGGAACAGGAGCUGCUGCGAGCACAGCUGGAGGAGGCCGGCCGGUUGCGGGAGAUCGCUGAGAGGCAGCUGGACGAGGCCCUCGAGGCCCUGAAGGAUGAACGUGAGCAAAAGAACAGUUUAAAACGGGAACUAGCUGCUCACACGGUCAACCCGUUCGAUUCUGUGGUGAACCUGGACCUGCAGUUGGACGACAGUCUGGAUGGCGAUAGGGCUGCAGAGGAGAAGGAUCGGGGGGAUAAAGAGGGAGAGGAGCAGGACAGCGGCUACAACCACUCGAAGGGAAGCGAGAAGCAGCACUGCUCUACUCCGAGGAACACCGGCGUGUUCCUUCGGCCUCAGGCUCCCGGGCUGGUGGCUGACCUGCUGAGCGAACUCCAUCUGUCCGACAGUCAGAAACUCAAACAGCAGCUGUUGCAGGUAGAGAGGGAGAAAGCAGCUUUGGCCAGUUCAGUCCAAGACCUCCAGGAGGCACUGGCUCAGUCUAAAGUAGCUCUGGAUGAGCAAAAAGUGAAGGUGGAGCAGCUCUCUCAGCGUCUGGAGGUCUUGCAGGGUUGUUCCACUUCCUCCAUCUCCCAGUCCGGGACGAAAAUCCAGGAACAGAAUGGAAAGAGGGAGCAGGAGAACGAUGAAGAUCUGGAGCUGGAUGCCAAGAGUGCGGAGGUGCUCGAGAAGCGCAUGCGUGCAGCCAACGCCGAGCUUAUGCAGCUGCGCGACGAGCUGAAAGAGGCAGGCGAUCGCUGCCGGGGUCUGGAGGAGCGCCACCUGCAGGAGAAGGAGCGCUGGAGGGCUGAGGCUCAGGAGCUGGCUGACAAGAUUCGCCAGUGCAUCGCUGCCAGUCGCCAUGACCAGGAGCGUAUCGGGCAGCUAGAGCUCGAGAUCGGAGCUACGCGUCGUGUCGCCACCGACUCCGAAUGCCACCUGAGCGCCACACAGGAGGAGCUGCUGGCCUUCUCUGAAGAGCUGGCUAAUCUCUACCACCAUGUUUGCAUGUGCAACAACCUCACACCGCGACGUGUGACGCUAGACUACUAUCGCGAUGGAGCACGAGGUGGGAGAAGGCACCACCACGGAUCAUUCCGGAAGCAGAGAAGGUCAGGAGAGGCGCUGGGGAAGGUAGACUUGGACAUCACAACGGCAAAUGGAGAUUCCUCUACAAACUGUGGAAGUGGCCCUAGCUCUCCAACACUGGAUUUCAGGGACCCCACCAACGUGCGCAACCUGGUGGCUGUCAUUCGCUGCCAGAUUAAACACCUCCAGGUAGCUGUUGACCUGUGCAGGCAACGUGGUGCCUUACCCUCAUCUGCGUUAGGAGGCAGCUCUGAAUCUGACCGUGAAGCUCUGCUCGAGGAAGUGCUGAAGCUCAAGUCUCUUCUAAGCACCAAGAGAGAGCAGAUCGCCACACUCAGGACUGUCCUAAAGGCAAACAAACAGACUGCUGAGUUAGCUCUAAGCAACUUGAAGACCAAGUACGAGACAGAAAAGACUGUCGUGUCUGAGACCAUGCUGAAGCUGAGAAACGAGCUCAAGGGCCUGAAGGAGGACGCCGCUACGUUCUCCUCGCUGAGGGUCAUGUUUGCGAGCAGAUGCGACCAGUACGUAACUCAGUUAGAAGAGAUGCAGCGACAGCUUGCCGCUGCAGAGGAUGAAAAGAAGACCCUCAAUUCACUCCUGCGCAUGGCCAUCCAACAGAAGCUAGCACUGACUCAGAGGCUGGAGGACCUGGAGGCCCCACUGCAUGCCCACAGUAAUGGAGGCAGCCCACGUCGCUCUCGUGCCAAGCAGCUGGCCACCAAAUCAGGAAGAGCGCCACGGAGCCCUAUGAGAAGCAGUCCACGUGCCAGCCCUGUGUUGGUGUCAUCAUCAGGCAGCUUGAGCACGAGCGGACAUCUGAGGGUGCAAUCACGCAGCCUCCACGGCAGCCCUCGGUGAAUGCUCCAUUCCUCCUGUCCUGCUCCAGUGUGUGUGGACCGUGUUCAUGCCCAGCUCAGAACCACCCUUAACACUCCAGACCCGACCCGACCCGCUCCGACAUCCACCUCAUCCCACUCCAAACCACAUCGGGCUCCCCUUGUGCUUAUUCUCGUCUCAUUUAACUUUCCGUCUCUGUCUUAUCCGUUUUUUUUGUGUCCUCUACCUCACUUUUUCUAUCUUUCCUCUUGCUCUGUCUGUCUGUUCGUCUGUCUGACUUGCUCGCUCAAGUAUUGUGCAGCUUCGAGGAACUGAAGGCUCCCCGGAGCUUCAUUUCAUUUCACCAUGAGCUUUCUGAAGUAAGGCAAGUUAUCAAACUUGCUUUCAGUCUCAUGGGUAUUGUACCACACCUAACCCACUUUAAAAGACCAAUGUGUAUGUUUAAAAAAAAAAAAAAAAAAAAAAAUCCCCAUCCUGUAUUUAGCUGCUGUCUUCGGGGAGGAUUAUGUAAGAAGGAAUUUCUGGCCUGCAUUAUUGUAAAUUAUUCUACUACCUAGAAUGACUGACAGUCCGACAGUAUUAGUGUGCAGCUGAGGCAUGUUCAGAAUGUUUGUGAACUUUAAUUUUUAUUUCCUACUUCAUCAUAGAGUGUAAUGCACUGCUCCCUAAGCGUUGUCCAUCAGACUUCUCAAAGUAUAAACUAGACAGAUUUUUUUUUUUUUCUUUUUUUUUUAGAAAAACAGACAUUAAUAGAAAACCUUUUAUCUGCUGUACUGUACACUUAGUAGGGUUGUUACUGUCUCAUGGUAUAAAAUAACUUUUUAAUUACUGACAGUGUUUUUUUGUGGUUUUUUUUGUUUUGUUUUUGUUUUUUACUCCUAUCAAGUGGUUUCGUCUUUUUUUUGGGUCCAGCUAGUUUGAAUUUUACAUCCCCCCCUUUAAGCCACUUCUGUCUUUCAGUGCAGGAGACAUGGACUACACUGAAAACUCUUGGGCUGUGUGUGUAAUUUGUUACUGCUGUAACCAUGUUGUGUUGCUACCUCUGCUCCUGCUCUUAGUGACCCUAACAUCAUACACAGUGCAUAGAAGAACAUGACACUGCUGACCAGAGCUAAACGAAACUGCUCAGCGUACUGCUUUUCCUCACAGCCACCCUCUCUCAGCUGAGAAAUGCUGACAGCAUCAGAUUUUAUGAAAAAUUUGUUCUUAUUAAUAUAUUUCUAUUUGGAUUUGAUCUUGUACACAAAGACAUUUGUGAAACGUUUCAGUAUUCUUUUAAGUUUUUCUUUAUUUUCUAUCCUUCUUUACCAUGAUGUUUGUCGAUUAAGUUAAUAUACCAUAAUUGGUAACAACCCUACUCAGCCUCUUAAUGGAUAGAUGAAGUUCUGUGCAGAGAUUGGGAGGUCUUGCUGCUAAUGCUGAAUAGAGUAAAAUGUAAAAAAAAAAAAAAAAAAAAUUGAAAAGGAAAGAAAGUGUCAUGUCCUGUCAGAACUACUGCGAGUUUUGUGAUCUUUUACACAGGGUUAAACACAAAGCACUGUUACAUCAAUUAUUACUCUCGGCUACAAGUACAAGCAGAGCCAUGUCUAGUUUUUGUUUUAUUAUUAUUAUAAUUAUAUUAUUUAUCAAAGCAAUAAGGCACCAAUGUUUUUGCUAAAGGGAACACAUCAUGGGAGAGAAACAAGAUCUGAAACAGUGCCUUAAUUACUUGCAGAGUCAACCGGUUUUUAGGAAAUUUGUAGGUACUUGUACAUAAAUUAUGUUUCUAAAUAGGGUCCUUUUUUUUUCUUUUUCUUUUUUUUGCUGUGUAGUUACAAAUUGUGUUAUUCCCCCUGAAAUUGUCCUUAACUGGCAGGACCUGGUAACAUAAACACAUCGCUGUUCUUAUCAGAGCAGUGCUGUUGUUUAUAUGUGUAUAUAAAAUUUCGUAUUUGGUAGCUGAUCAGCGCAGGUUGUUCAGCUUCAUUCCUUUGCAUGUUCAUAAACCAUGUUAAACAAUGUAGGAAGCUUACACGGGCCAUGGUGUGAGAAAAUAACUGAAUCAUGAAGUAAAAAUAUUAAAGUGAUGAAGCUCCCAACUGAAGCAAAGCUUCAACUUUGCUUUAGCUUCAUUGACUUGGACUCUAAGGAUUGUUGUUGUUGUUUUAUUACAUAAGCAGACUAAUUAAAACAUGAUCUUUAAAGAUCAUGUAACUAGCACAUACUGAAGAAACAUAUUUAUUACCAAUGUCUACUAAAACCAUGAUUCUGAUAUUUUCGCUCACACCUCUGGACCUGACUUGCAUUAUUAUUGUGUGAAUCAACAAUAUUGUGGCUUAUAAAUAUCUUUGCUUUUAUCACAAAUGGUAGUGAAAUCUCAAAAAAGACGAAAGUAACAGUUGCUUGUUAAGGUUUGUAACUAUGGUCUGAAAAAUGUCUGCCUGUUCCGACCUUUUAAACUCCCUCGAUCCCAUCACUUUUAACCACUGCUUUACUGCUCUUUUUAGUUUCCACUGAUCGUCCCAUUUUAACAAGAAGAUGUAAUUUUCAUAUGUCAGUCACACUGUUUUGUGCAAUGUGUAGUGUAAAAUAAAAAUAAAUUAAAUGUC